CUCGACGACCAUGUCCAUUGUCGUCCCCGGAGAGCACGUCCCCGCUCAACACGUCAAUCUCAAGCUAGGUCCUGGUCUCAUUCAGCUGUCCCAAGGAUCUACAUCCAGUGCGACGCCAAAGAGCAGUAUAAUUUCGACGCGCGCGGGCUCGCUUUACCAUUCCGCUAACGGCAGCAAAUGGUGGGUAGAGAGUAAUGCCCGACGAUAUGUUCCUGCCCCCCAGGAAUCUGUCAUUGGCAUCGUGACACAAAAGGCCGGUGAAGGUUUUCGCGUCGACAUCGGUUCAGCACAUCCAGCGUCUCUGGACGGACUGGCAUUCGAAGGAGCGUCAAAAAGAAAUCGUCCCAACCUAAAGAUUGGCAGCUUGGUUUAUGCAAGAGUUUCGCUGGCCCACAAGGAUAUGGAACCUGAGCUAGAAUGCUUUGACGCUCAAACACGAAAGGCUGAAGGAUUCGGAGAGCUGAAAAGUGGUUUCAUGGUACGUUGCAGUUUGGGCAUGUGUCGAAAACUCCUUGAUCCUAAUCAUUUCUUGCUACCCCUCCUGGGCGCCAAGGUAUCACUUGAGGUCGCGGUCGGUAUGAAUGGUCGAGUAUGGAUCAAUUCAAAGGAGACGAGACAUACGAUCGCGAUAAGUCGAUGUAUUGAAGCCGCUGAUCCUGACGGCAAAGGCAUGGAGGAGGGUGAGAUUAAGAAAUUUCUGGGAACGUUGGACGCAUGAAAUUGCCAUAACGUACUUGUUUACAACUAAUCAUCCGCCAUCCUUGGUCGCUUCCUAGGACGACCGGUCGAUGUGGCUACUGACACGGAGUCGUCAUCGCUCACAGUCCCUGCGCUUCUGUUACGAUUCUGGGCCCGCUUCUUCC